CCUCCAUUAUAUAAAUUUGACUAAAAAAGACGAACAGAAACCCUCCCUCGAAAAGCCAAACUCUGCCACUUUCUCUUCUUUCUCCUGCGACCGUCCAUUCCAUUCCAUUCUCCCUUCCUCUUCUCUUCUCUUUGGGAACAAAAUUCCAAUUCCGCUUCUCAAACCUUAGCAAAUAUAAUCUACUUCCCAUUCUAAAACCCUAAUAAUUUCCCCCCUCUUUUUUUAACAUAAAAAGAACUUUCACUUUUCAUUUAUCUUUUUUCCCAAUCAAAACAAAUACUCACCCUUAACCACCCUGUGAAAAGAGGUCUCUCUGAAUUUUUUUUUUGUAUAUACAUGUGUGUGCUUGUGUGUGAGUUUAUUUUUCUUCUUCUUAUGUCAGAACUACGAGUUUUAGUUGUUUGGCCUGUUUAAACUUCUGGAUUUUUUUAAAGGAGCCAUGAAUAUUAAUGUUGGAGACAAUAAAAUGGAACUGAAUGGGAGGGAUGAUCUUAAGAGGCCUUUGCUGGAGCCCUCAGAUAGUGUUUGCGUAACUAUACCUGAACCUGUUGAUAAGUUGGAAAAGAAGAGAACAGUGACGUUCAAAAUAGGGAAUAUCAAGUGUGCAUCUUGUGUGACUUCCAUAGAAUCUGUGCUUGGAGAGAUCAACGGUGUUGAGAGUGUAUCAGUGUCACCGAUUCAUGGCCACGCGGCAAUUGAGUAUGUUCCAAAGCUCGUCAAUCCAAAAUUAAUUAAAGAGACAAUAGAGGAUGCUGGUUUCCCUGUUAAGGAGUUUUCAGAGCAACAGAUAGCAGUCUGCCGGCUCAGGAUUAAGGGAAUGGCAUGUACAAGUUGUUCCGAAUCCCUUGAACGUGCUCUAAAGUUCCUUGAUGGAGUUAAAAAGGCAGUUGUUGGUCUAGCUCUUGAAGAAGCUAAGGUUCACUUUGAUCCCAAUAUUACUGAUUCUGAUCGCAUCAUUGAAGCAAUAGAAGAUGCUGGCUUUGGCGCUGAUCUCAUUAGUUCUGGAAAUGAAGCAAACAAAGUACAUUUGAAACUUGAAGGAGUGUCAUCAGUGGAGGAUAUGAAUACUAUUAAGUCCUACCUUGAGUCAGCCAUAGGUGUAAAUCAUGUCGAGAUGGACUUGGAGGAAAAAAGGGCCACUGUCAACUAUGACCCAGACUUUACUGGUCCAAGAUCCAUUAUUGAAGCUGUACAAGAAGUUGCUCAUGGAUCAUACAAGGCAAGCUUGUAUAUACCUCCUAGACAAAGAGAAACUGAGCAGCACCAUGAAAUUAAUAACUAUAGGAAUCAGUUCCUUUUAAGCUGCCUGUUCUCAGUUCCUCUGUUCAUAUUCUCCAUGGUGCUUCCAAUGCUUCCUCCUUUUGGUGAUUGGUUAGAGUACAAGAUCUACAACAUGUUUACUGUCGGAUUGCUUCUGCGAUGGGUUCUUUGCACACCAGUACAGUUCAUUGUUGGCCGAAGGUUUUAUAAAGGAUCAUACCACGCAUUGAGACUGAAAUCUGCUAAUAUGGAUGUUUUAGUAGCCAUGGGCACCAAUGCUGCAUACUUUUACUCUGUUUAUGUAGCAAUUAAGUCUCUGAGCUCUGACACAUUUAAAGGACAAGAUUUUUUUGAGACAAGUGCAAUGCUGAUAUCCUUUAUUCUCUUAGGAAAAUAUUUAGAGGUGUUGGCUAAAGGGAAAACAUCAGAUGCUUUAGCCAAGCUGACAGACCUUGCUCCUGAUAGUGCAUGUUUGCUGAUAUUAGAUGAUGAUGGAAAUGUUGUCUCAGAGGUGGCAAUCAGCACCCAACUAAUACAAAGGAACGACAUAAUCAAGAUCAUUCCUGGCGAGAAAGUUCCUGUUGAUGGCAUUGUCAUUGAUGGUCAAAGCUAUGUGAAUGAGAGUAUGAUCACAGGGGAGGCACAACCUAUUGCUAAAAAGCCUGGUGACAAGGUUAUUGGUGGAACUAUGAAUGAGAAUGGAUGUUUACUGGUCAAGGCUACUCAUGUUGGGUCAGAGACUGCGCUUUCCCAAAUUGUUCAGCUUGUUGAAGCUGCUCAGCUCGCCAGAGCACCUAUUCAGAAAAUUGCUGACCGGAUUUCUCGGUUUUUUGUUCCUGCAAUUGUUCUCACUGCAUUUAUCACUUGGUUGGGAUGGCUGAUCCCUGGGGUUAUUGGUAUUUACCCUAAACAUUGGAUCCCGAAAGGCAUGGAUAAAUUUGAACUUGCACUCCAGUUUGGUAUUUCAGUGUUGGUGGUUGCUUGCCCAUGUGCUCUAGGACUAGCAACCCCUACAGCUGUCAUGGUUGCCACAGGGAAGGGUGCUUCACUUGGUGUGCUGAUUAAGGGUGGAAAUGCCCUUGAGAAGGCACAUAAGGUGAAAGCAAUUGUGUUUGAUAAGACGGGGACAUUGACAGUUGGGAAACCUGAGGUUGUAAAUGUUAUGCUCUUUUCAAGCGUGUCAAUGGAAGACUUCUGCGAUGUUGCUAUUGCUGCUGAGGCAAAUAGUCAACAUCCAAUAGCCAAAGCUUUCCUGGAGCAUGCUAGAAAAUUGCGUCAGAAGAUAGAAUCUAACAGGCAAUCCAAUAAUCAACAUGUCACAGAGGCAAAGGACUUUGAGGUGCACCCUGGCACUGGGGUGAGCGGAAAAGUUGGUGACAAAAUGGUCUUAGUUGGGAACAAGAGGCUUAUGCAGACUUAUAAUGUCACAGUUGGUCCUGAGAUUGAGGGCUACAUUUCAGAACAUGAGCAACAGGCUCGAACAUGUGUCUUAGUUUCCAUUGAUGGAAAAAUUGCUGGAGCUUUUGCAGUAACUGAUCCAGUGAAGCCGGAAGCUAAGAAUGUCAUAUUGUAUCUUCAUUCAAUGGGGAUCUCAAGCAUAAUGGUAACUGGUGAUAACUGGGCUACUGCAACUGCCAUAGCCAAAGAGGUUGGAAUAGAGAAGGUAAUUGCCGAGAUGGAUCCAAUAGGAAAAGCUGAUAGGAUCAAAGAUUUGCAGAUGAGAGGUUUGACGGUUGCUAUGGUGGGAGAUGGAAUAAAUGACUCACCUGCUUUGGUGGCAGCGGAUGUAGGCAUGGCAAUUGGUGCUGGUACUGAUGUAGCCAUAGAAGCAGCUGACAUAGUUCUUAUCAAAAGCAACUUGGAAGAUGUAGUUACUGCAAUAGAUCUGUCGAGAAAGACCAUUUCCCGCAUUUGGCUUAACUAUGUGUGGGCCCUUGGUUACAACAUUCUGGGCGUGCCAGUUGCUGCUGGAAUCUUAUAUCCCUUCACAGGAGUUAGGUUACCACCUUGGCUAGCUGGUGCAUGCAUGGCCGCCUCCUCUCUUAGUGUUGUUUGUUCUUCUCUGUUGUUGCAGUCUUAUAGGAAGUCUUGGGUGUUUCAAGAUACAAAAAGCGGACAUAGCCAUUGCUCCAAAUCCACAUGAUGGGACAUUCUCCGGUAUUUCCAUAUUCAACUGCAUAUUAUCAGUUAUUAACAUGGAAAUGUAGAAGGUCCUUCAAUUACAUUUCUUGUAUAACUAAAAUUGUCAAGUCUUGUCAGUUUGGGAUUAUUGGAUGGGUCAUUUCCAAUGAAGUGAUUGGCAUACAUACAUGAAAAAUUAUGGAAAUAUAAAGGUCUAUAUAUUGGAUGGGCACUGUAGCUUUCUAA